AUGGGAGGGAUCAGUGAGACGGCGGUGAAUAAAGAUGAUCUAAUUGCGCUGUCAUGCGUGUGCUACGUGUGCACGUAUGGCUCUCAUGACUGCGGCGGCAUGCUGGUGCGGCGUCGACACUUGUUUUUAUGGCUCUCAUGA